AUGCGACCACCUCUUUCUUCCUCUUCUUCUAGUUAUUCACUUGCUGAAACGAGUUUCAAAAGCAGACUCUUGACGAUAUUCAAGAAAUCUCAGGAACUUACAACUCUCUGUGAUAUCGAAGUCUGUGUUAUUCAUUACGGACCUGACGGCGAACUCAAGAAAUGGUCCGAGGACAGAGACAAAGUGAGAUCUCUCGCUCUCCGCUACAUCCAAUUAGACAAAGCCAAGAGACUCAAGAAAAGCGUCAACCUUUACGACUUCCUCAUAAGAAGAAGAAGACAAUUGAUGCCUUAUGGUGGUUAUGAUCAGAACAUGAUGUGUAUGGGUAACAACUUUCAUGCUCCCUACGUCUCCUCAAACACACCAGAUCACUCAGUGUUCCCACCAGAGCUACAUGAAGCAGUGAGUAACCACGGGUUGAAUCAGCUGAUGCAGCUAGCAUGA